GCCAGUACCAUCCAAACUGUCGGGUCGAGUGGAUCCCUCCGAAAUCUGGAGGCACAGUUGGGUUCUGUAGAUCAGCCGCCCAGUCUUCUGAGAGAAAGUGUUUGCAGCGAAAAUGGAUGCCAACGGUAUACGUAAAUGGAGGUCGGCUGGACUAGUCUUGUGCGGCACACACGGCCAACAACUCGGCGGUCAACUGACUGUGCUACUGCUUUUUGUUCGAUAUGACUUUUUUGGGUAGGCUGAAUCUUCUUGCCCGACGUAACCUCGGCGAUACCUGGCUCUGUGGGUUAGACCCGGGAAAGUCAGGUUCUUAUAUAUAUGCACGGGGACGAGGUGUCCUUUGUCCCGUCCCGGGGACAGAUCCCAACCAGCAGCAUCUUUACCGCCUCCCGUCUCUCUGGGUUUGGGCUCGUACUUGACCGUGCCCUUGGGCCCAUACCGCCCAUACGGUGCCACCUCCUUGCUGUCGGCGAUGGCCAUUGAAGAAAAGUUGGUAGUGGCGGGGGGCAACCUCGGGAUCUUCCAUCUCUUCCCAUAUCUUCCCGCCGAAAUCCGGCUCGAGAUAUGGAACCACAACCUCCCGGGGCCCCGUAUAGUUGAGAUCAAGUGCACCCGCAGCGCCACGAUCUUCGAGCCGCAAUAUGGGGGCAAACCUACUCCUAUUUGCACGUCCGCAUCGCCAAUUCCGAUUAACUUGCAUACGUGCAGAGAGUCUCGGCUUGAGGGGUUGAAACGAUACCGGUUGCUGUUCGAUAUCGGUCCCCAGGCUGGCCGCUUCUUCUUCGAUCCCCUCAGGGACACGCUCUAUUUCGGCGCGAGAGACGGAGCCGAGGCUUCGGAGACGCAGCUUGACACGUUGAUAUCGCUGAGCUCGCCAGAGGAAUUAGCUCUCGUGCGCCACGUCGCCAUCAACGAGGCGCUCAUGCCAAGUGAUGGUGGCCGUAAUGGCGCCGCGGGUGGCGCUGGCGCGCGAUCCGCUGAGCGCAUCUUGCGCCAGGUGAACCAACAUUUCGUCGGCCUAGAGCAACUCACUUUUGUCUGCGACGACAGGAACCCUGUUUACAGCGCAGACGCCGCCUUCGUCGAGCCAGGCCGACGAAACCGACUUCUGGAGCGGCGCAUCCAGACGGCGAUCACCGCUGUCGAAAGGCGGCAGCAUCACUUUAAGUCGCCUCGAUGGCGCGUCCAAACCAUUGCUGCCGAGCCCGAUCUUCCUGUCUACGACCAGGAAAUUUUGGGUUAUCAAGGCCGCCGCUCGUCCUUCUUCAAGCGGGCUCGACUACCGCAGUAUAGCAAGCUCUUGGCCAACUGAAACCGUGCGGCGCGCAGAGGACCAUUCGAAUAGAUGGAAUGCUAACCAGUACCCCUACUAGGUAGGUAUAGGUUGUUAUUGGAUAGUAUUAGGCCGGAGAGGGGGUGUCGGGUCACUGGCGCGGAAUAUCUCCUGUCUUCUAAGGGGUCCUGCGCAAUUGAAUUAAGGAGCAUAAUGAAACCACUAUAGGCGCUUAGGUAAUCGAACUACAUACACGUGUACCCAGAAUGU